AUGAAAGGCAAAGCGAGUGCUAUUAAGGGGUCGAUUGUGGACAUGAAAACUGAUGUAAUCGAAAGACUUUUUAUGAAAUUUAUGGCUAAAAUCGAAAGAACUCGCGAUACAGAAGAGAUCCAAAAAGAACACCAGAUCUUAUUGAGUGAUAUUAUCUCAUUGAAAAUGCAUUCCUAUUGUCUUUGCGACAAAAUUUUGCUGAGAAUGCAGUGA